AUGUUAGUGGAUCGAGAGGGGUUGUGGUUUCGUGUGUUGGCAGCUCGUUAUGGGGAGGAGGGAGGGAGAUUGCGAGAUAGAGGGCGGAGAGGGUCAUUGUGGUGGCGAGAGAUAGUGAGCAUUAGGGAUGGUGUAGGUGAGCCAGGGGGUGGCUGGUUCGGGGAGCAUGUUGUUAGGAGGGUGGGGGACGGUUUAGAUACCUUUUUUUUGACUGACCCCUGGGUGGAUGAGACUCCUUUAUGUGAGCGAUUUGGCCUUCUGUUCGCUUUAUCAGAGACCAAAUUGCGUACGUUGGCUGAGAUGUUCUCGUUAGGGUGGGGGUUGGAUGGGGCGGCUUGGGUUUGGCGGAGGCAAUUGCGGGCGUGGGAGGAGGAUAUGUUGAGGGAGUGUCAGUCUUUACUUUCUAACAUUUCUUUACAGGCACAGUAUUCAGAUAGGUGGCGGUGGCAGCCAGAUCCUGACACAUGUUACACUGUUCGAGGAGCUUACCAGAUUGUGACUACUCUUGAUUCAGUUACUUUGGAUGAUGCAGAACAUCUUAUUUGGCAUCCCCAGGUUCCUUUGAAGGUAUCCAUCUUUGCGUGGCGUCUACUUCGUGACAGAUUACCUACGAAGGCAAACCUGGUUAUUCGAGGCAUCUUAUCUUCUUCAGCACAGUUGUGCGUAGCAGGUUGUGGGGAGGUGGAGUCGGCUCAUCAUUUAUUCAUCUCUUGCAGUUUCUUUGGUUCUGUUUGGGCUUUAGUGUGCACGUGGAUUGACAUUCCUUUGACGGAUUUUAGUACUAUCCGGGACCACUUCGUUCAUUUUACAUCAUCAGCUGGUGGAUCUCGAGCACGCCGGUCUUUUUUGCAGCUCAUUUGGCUGGUCAGCGUUUGGGUUAUAUGGACAGAAAGAAACCACAGAUUGUUUAGAGGCUCAACUUGCACUUCACAUCAGUUAUUGGACAAGAUCAAGUUAUUUUCUUAUAGGUGGUUAAAGUCGAAGAAUAUUACUUUGGCUUUAAACUGCCAUAGUUGGUGGUCUAGUCCUUUAUUAUGUAUGGGUCUUGUAUGA